AUGGAUGAGAAGCAGACGGCUGAUUUCGUUGUGCCCGCUGCUAUUGUAGAUUUUCAGGAAAAGAAGCAGCAGCACCAAUCACCACAGGAUAUAAAGGAGCGUGCAAUUGCUUCCGCUUUGGCGACUUCAGAAAAUGCAUCUGAAACGGACAGAUCGACCUGUAAGUUUGCUUUUAUAGUUAAAAUGGGGAUAUUUCCUGCAGAAACAUGGAGCAAUCGUGAUAUCUGA